AUGACGUCCACUGGGCAAGAAUUCGCGUUGAUAAGCGUUUCGGAUAAAAGUCAUCUCGGCGAUUUCGCGAGAGUACUUCAAGAAGUCGGAUUUAAAUUAAUUGCGACUGGCGGUACUUUCCAAUAUCUUAAGUCACACAAUUUAUCAGUUUGAAAAAUUGUACGUUAUAGUGAAGUCAGUGAUAUAACAAAUUUUGCUGUUAUGAUGGAUGGUCGCGUCAAAACAUUACAUCCGGCAAUUUUCGCUGGAAUAUUGGCACGAAAUUGCCAGUCAGAUUUCAAUGAACUUAAACAAAACAAUUUUCCGCUGAUCAGUGUUGUUGUAUGCAAUCUAUAUCCGUUUAAAAGAACUGUAGAAAGAGCUGACUGUACACUCCAUAAUGCAAUCGAAAAUAUUGAUAUCGGUGGUAUCAGUUUAUUGCGUGCAGCUGCAAAAAAUUAUUCACGAGUUACGGUAGUUUGUGAUCCUGAUGACUACAAUGUUGUGGCUAAUCAGGCAAUACCAUUUUUUUCCUCUAUACUAUUUACUAUGAUCGUCUCGUCAUCGUCUCGACAGCCAAAUAUUUCUCUGCGCCAGCAGCUUGCCUUAAAGGUAAAUUUCCGUUAG